AUGAGUCUUGGGCAAUAUGUACAUGGAAUUAAGAUAGGCAUUUGGAAUAUAUCCUUUGGAAAUUAAGUUGUGUAUAAAUUAAUUUACAUUAAGUGACAAAGGUGCUUAUGAUAAAGAGGUGAAAAAGUAUGCGAAUUGGAUUCAAUCAUCCAAUUAUUCUUAAUUUGAUAAAUGA